GUGCUGCGCGAACACAAAUGCCGUUACAUUUGUAGUUUUGAGUAAAGAAAAAGUCUACACUAGCUAUUAAACGCAUGUCAGGUGCUACCUUCCAAAAAUACUGUGCGUUUUGUUAAUGAAUUAGAUAUGAAUAUCCCCGCAGGAUUGCGUGCUGCUCAUACGUUAUUUUAUAAGAAGUGAUUCCGGUUCAGUGGGAAGGUUUGAACUGCUCCAAAGUGACCAUUGUUGUAAUCAGGUCGAGGCUGUUAUCAUUUCCACUUGCUGGCUUUCUUAGUUUUUUACGGGUUUACAGCAGAAAAACAGUGCAAGCUUUUUAGAGUGUCAUGAAAGAAAUGUCAAGCGCCAUGCCUGGUGGGCAGCAGCCUCAGAAACAUUAUGGCAUCACCUCUGCCAUCAGCCUUGCACCCCCACGAGAAAUAGACCACCAGUACACCAAGAAGCUCUGUGAUGCUAUGAAACCAUUUGGGGUGUUUGAAGAUGAAGAGGAGUUGAACCAUAGACUUGCCGUUCUUGGGAAGUUGAAUAACUUUGUUAAAGAAUGGAUAUCAGAGAUCAGUGAACUAAAGAACCUCCCACCAUCAGCUAUAAGCUGUGUUGGGGGCAAGAUAUUUACAUUUGGUUCAUACAGACUUGGAGUGCACACAAAAGGAGCUGAUAUUGAUGCCUUGUGUGUGGCUCCACGCCAUGUAGAAAGAAGUGACUUUUUCUCAUCUUUCUUUGAGAAAUUCAAACAGCACGAAGAGAUCAAAGACCUGAGGGCUGUCGAGGAUGCCUUUGUACCGGUGAUAAAAUUCAAAUUUGACGGAAUAGAGAUUGAUCUGCUUUUUGCCAGACUGGCCUUACAGUCCAUUCCAGACAACCUGGACCUGAGGGGGGACUCCAUCCUGAGAAACUUGGACAUACGGUGCAUCCGCAGCCUUAAUGGUUGUCGUGUAACUGAUGAAAUACUGUACCUGGUGCCAAACAAAGAGAACUUCAGACUGACAUUGAGAGCCAUUAAACUCUGGGCAAAACGUCGUGGGAUCUACUCCAACAUGCUGGGGUUCCUGGGUGGAGUGUCGUGGGCCAUGCUGGUGGCCAGGACCUGCCAGCUCUACCCCAACGCCGUGGCCGCCACGCUGGUCCACAAGUUCUUCUUGGUGUUUUCCAAGUGGGAGUGGCCAAAUCCUGUGCUUUUGAAACAGCCUGAGGACAGUAAUCUGAAUUUACCUGUGUGGGAUCCUAGAGUGAACCCGUCUGACAGAUACCACCUGAUGCCCAUCAUCACCCCCGCCUACCCCCAGCAGAACUCCACCUACAACGUCUCCUCGUCAACGCGCACCAUCAUGAGCGAGGAAUUCAAAUACGGCCUCAGCGUCACAGAUGAGAUUCUUCAGGGAAAAACAGAAUGGUCCAAACUCUUUGAGCCUCCCAACUUCUUCCAAAAGUACAAGCAUUACAUCGUUCUGACUGCCAGUGCCUCCACAGAAGAAAACCACUUGGAAUGGAUCGGUCUGGUGGAGUCCAAGAUCCGCGUUCUGGUGGGAAACCUGGAGAGGAACGAGUACAUCACCCUGGCUCAUGUCAACCCCCAGUCCUUCCCCGGGUCCAAGGAGAACCGCAACGAGAACGACUUUGUGUCCAUGUGGUUCAUCGGGAUCAUCUUCAAGAAAGUGGAGAAUGCGGAGAGUGUGAACAUUGACCUGACGUACGACAUCCAGUCCUUCACAGACACCGUGUACCGACAGGCCAACAACAUCAACAUGCUGAAGGAUGGGAUGAAGAUCGAAGCGACACACGUGAAGAAGAAACAGCUCCAUCAGUACCUUCCCCCAGAACUGGUGCAGAAGAAGAAGAGGAGCAUAGCAGAGUUGAACCGCAGCUCUAACGGGGGCAGCUCUAAGCGCCUCUCUCUGGACAGCAGCCACCUGGACAGCUCCAGAGACACGGACUCGGGGACCCCCUUCACCUCCCCCAGCAGCAAGCCCGCCAAGCCUGCGUCUGACACAGAUGACGGCGUAAGCCCCCCAAAGCAGCUUUUCGUGGAGGGCUCUCCAGCUCCCAGUGCAGCGACCGCAGCGACAGCAUCACCAGCAACACCUGCAGCGCCAGUGGCAACCGCAGCAGCAACUCCAACGGCAGCAGCAACUGCAGCCGCAACUGCAACCGCAACUGCAACCGCAACUCCAACGGCAACUGCAACCGCAACUGCAACCGCAACUGUUGCUACAGACCAAGGGAUGUCCAUUCCUGUCAUUGGCUCAAAACCUGCGGUUAAAGCAAAGCCUGCCUCUCCCCCCCCCAGCAGCUCCGUCUCUGCGGCGCUGAUGGAGGACGUGCUGCCCGACGCCACCAGCAGCCCCCGAGAGGAGCCCAACAACGGCCUGGAGGACUCCCCCAACGGAGCCGCUGCCAAGAGACCCCACUCCCCGACACAAGAGGACCUGGCCAAGAGGCCCAAAGAAGCAGAGGUGGUGCCCAAUGAUGACUCUGCAUUUAAAGAACCAUAUCCACCGUCCUCUGACUCACACGGAGAAGGACCCAAUGCUCAAACUGGAUCAAAGGCUAAGCCCAUUCCAACCAUUGAUACCUCAAGAACACAGAGACUUCCCAGCAUGGAGCUGCCAGACGCCUCGUCGCCUCUCCCAGCGAGCAACAGUUGUCGCGUCGUGAAGAAUUCCAUCAAACUGGCUCUCAACCGCCACAACAUCACACCUCCCAAGCCCCCAGUGUUCGAGGGCACCCUCACCACUGACGCUCCCCCUGCCGACGAAGAGAAGGGCAUGUCCAUUCCUGUCAUUGGCUCAAAACACGUGGCAGCCAAACAGGCGGUGACCCCCGUCGGCAGCUCCAUCCCAACAUUAGUGAGCCGAGGGGCCGACCCCCUGAACGGAGCAACCGCCAAGAGAGCCCACUCCCCCACGCUGGAGGAGCAGGCCAAGAGGCUGAAAGAAACAGAAAAGGCCAGAAUCCACAUAGCUUGAACACAACAACUAUAGACUGGAUUCAUAUACAUACAGAGUUGGGGCUUGAACGUUAAGUCAAAACAGCGAGAAGAUGACUUCACACGGGGGCCGGGAGUGUGUUCAGGUCACAUCUCAUGUGUGAAGCAGCAGAACGGACAGCUCACCUCCACUCUUCAGAGGUUACAGAUUUGCCAGGAUAGGUGAUUUUGGUCAAACCAGAUGUUGUGAGCGCCCUCUAUCACGCUCACAGCCGGAGGGCAUUUAAACACAACACUAUCGAAGACCUUAAGCGACCGUUUUUUUUACUAGUCUUCUCCCCUCUGUGUUUAAAAAAAGUACACAGAACAGAUGAAAAUUUAGCUGUUCUUCUUUUCAUUUUCUUUCUUUUGCGUUUUAAAACAGCCCAGAACCUUUAUCGAACGCUUGCUACACACACUUCUAGUGUAUGCUGAUUUAUUUUUCUUUUCUUUUCUCCUGAACAGAAACCUGUACAGUAAAUGUUGAUGUACAUAACUUUUUUUGUCUUAAAAAAAAGCAAAAGAUC